GUCGGAAAGUAGGCUGGUAGUUGAAUCAAUAGAAUCGUCAAGACAUUGUUUUGUACAAACUACAUCGGCAUACAGUAACAGAGAUCACUAGCUAUUGAUUGUGCCUGGGAGUCCUGUGCAAGUCAGUCUACAUAUUCAGCACAUUCAUAUAUAGAACUGAGCGAGUCGGAUCACACCAUAUACUUGUAGAGCUGCAGAUACGAGGGAAUCGCUGCAAAGUUGAUAGGAAACGUGAGAUUUGAUUGAUAAGAUGGCUGCACCGAUUGAUCUCAGUGGAAAAUGGAAAGUUGGCAAAAGCGAAAAUCUCGACGCAUUCUUAACCGCUCUCGGGGUAAAUGUGGCAAUGAGAAAGAUCGCAACAAAUGCUAGUAUCACCCAGGAGAUCACACAGGAUGGAAACGACAUGACAGUCGUCAUGAAACUCCCUCUAAAAUGUAACGGCUUCGGAUUUGCUAAAAGAAAAAUAGCAAGUGCCGCUCCGUUAACAGUCGUUAUCACACAAGAUGGCGACAAUGUAACAGUCUCGAACCAGUCACCGAUAAAGACCAAGACUACUAAAUUCACAGUUGGUUCCGGUGAGUUUGAGGACGAAACUCCAGACGGUAGAAAGAUAAUGGCUAAUGCGUAUUGGGAAGGUUCUAGUUUGGUCGUAGACGCCAAGCCUAAAGACGCCAAGGAGAAGGGCCUUAAGGUAGUGCGAACAAUAGAAGGCGAUGAGAUGCACCAGGCAAUGACAUGCGACGGUGUGACCGCUAUACGUCACUUCAGCAGAUGUUAAAACAAGAUUUAGCAGAUGUUAGAUGAUACAAUCCGAUGUUAGAAUUGUUUAGAUGCCCCGAUAGCAACAUUUCAGAGUGUAGGCCAAAACGAAUGGGAUUUGACAUUAUUUUGUUCCACAUCCUUUUAAAGAAACAUAUUCAUUUAUAAUUCAUUGAUCUCUCAGUAACUUUUCAUUAAUACCUAGAACAUUCACGUGCUUGUAUUUUACUGUUUACGCGCUGCUUACAUGUUUCUAUCAACGAACAGUUUUGUGGCUCAUUUGUGAAGUGUAAAUUCCACGGAAAUCAGGGUGACGUUUUAUGUUUGUAUACUGUAUGAUCUGAUAAAAAUAAAAAUGAUUACUUUUAUUCUCUAAA